CCGGUAAAAGGGGUUUUGCUUUGGGGCGACGGUCCACAGAGGAAGGAGGGAAAACCCUAAUUAAAAAAACCUCGCCACACUUCCACUGUUCCACGGGUACACACUCGCAGUAGGUCGUCGAGUUUAGUCCUCGGAAGAGAAGGAGACAGAGUGUAAAUAUGAGCCGAGCAGCAGCAGCGAAAGGCGGGAAGAAGAAGGGGGCAACAUUCGUAAUUGACUGUUCGAAGCCAGUGGAUGAUAAGAUUAUGGAGAUUGCUUCUCUUGGCAAGUUCCUUCAGGAGAGAAUUAAGGUUGGUGGCAAAGCUGGUGCUCUUGGGGAUUCCGUUACCGUUACCCGUGACAAGAACAAGAUCACCGUCACUUCUAACUCCGCCUUUUCCAAGAGGUAUCUCAAGUACCUUGUCAAAAAGUACUUGAAGAAGAAUAAUGUUAGGGAUUGGCUUAGGGUGAUUGCUGCCAACAAGGACAAGAAUGUUUACGAAUUACGAUACUUCAACAUUGCUGAGACUGAGGCAGAUGAAGAAGAUUAAACAUGGCCAUUCAAUAUCACUUUAUCUUCUUUAGGCAGCCUUCUUACUUGGAACCAUUUAUGUCAUCUGUUCGAGUUACUUAGCAGUCUUAUCUGCAUAUUUCUAGAUUGUCGCAGUUUUGAUUUUUCGGUAUCCUUAUUAGCAAAAAGAAAACAUUAGUUUGAUACUUUGCUUUGUUUAUAUUUGGUGAUCAAGUCUUAUUGCCUUUUUCCUCUUGA